CAUCAUUGGGACAAUACAUCGAUAUACGCUUAAAUACAGCAAUGUGUCUGCGCUUGCGCUUCUGUUUGUUCGCUUGUCGAGGAAUUUUGAACGUUGGCUUUUGAUUUUGUAGUCAAAAAGUAUUUUUAUUAAGUGUUUGUAAAUGUUUCCAGUAUUUAGUACAAUUUUUAUUUGACAAUAACCAUGAAUAUGACAGUAAGUGGUAAGCUUGAUACAAAUCUCAAACAACGCUACAGAUUUGCUGAUCCCGAACGCGUUAAAAAAGAUCUCGAAAACGAGCGUCGCAUAACUCGUUUACAACAGGUGCGCGAGAAAUCCAGCAGCUUGGCUCGCCACAUACGCCAAGAGGUGGCAGCGGAACAAUCGCGUCAAUUAAAAACCCUAGAACGAGUCAAACAGCAAGAGUUAAAUACAUGGCGUGAGCAUGUUGUGGCCAAAAAAUGUCAGGACUACCGUACCUCGAUGUUCCAAGUGGGUGCCGCCCAUCGAGCCGCCCAGGCUGAAACUGAAAAAGCUGAAAAACAAAAGCAACAGCGAGCUGAGCAGAUACAAAAGUGUCGUAGACUCGCCACAAAGCGUGCAGCACUGCACAAGCCAACAAAUAUUCUGCGUUCAACGGCAACACGGGGCGUUAAUGUGCAAGGACGCGCUACUGCAGGCACACAGACGCCAGUGCAACUAGAGAAACUACACGAAGGUAAGGAGAACAAAUUGUGCAAUAAGCAAGCUUGCAAAGCAGCGAAAGCACAUAGCUCGUGCAAGCGCAAACGGCAUAAAACACGGUUAUCAAGCAACGAUCGGAACGAGAACAACCACGAGGAGGUGAUGUUCGAAAUUACAUCCGACAGCAGCAGCAGCAUCAGCAGCGAUGAGCAACAAUCUGAACCAACUGCUAACGAUGCGAACACCGGUUCAGCUCAACUGCAAAAAACGCCGCCAGUAAUUUUAGAUGUGGAUGACGAUAGCGAAGACUCAAUGGAGAUCUGCUCACGCAAUGGCAUCGAAAUUAACGAUCUAUACAUGCAAAGCAAUCGCAAAUUUAGCCGCGUCGUUCGCCCCAAUGCAAGUGAAUCAGGACUGCAUCCACCAGUAGCAGGAGGUGUAGCACCAGAUUUUGAUACAAUGCCUUCUCGACCACGCUUCACGCAAAUUAGCGACUUGGUUCGACGUACGGAUACAAACUUAGAGGACACUCAAAGACAAACAUGUGAAGAAAGGGUACAGCGUCCAAAAAGUCCUACAAGAUCGUCUUCCCGGUCACCUAGAAAAGCAGCAUCGGCAACUUCUCCAGCUGGCUCCUCCAAUGUUUCACCUACUAGAUCAGCGAUGGAGCCAGCACACAAUCGUCAACAGAUCCCAAAGCGUUCUUCGUUGCGAGUCAACAACACACAAGGCGUUCCUCCAGUUAAAGUGAUAGAUGCGGGCUUAAGGCGCAGUGCAACAUCAGCGAAACCAUCAAAUGCAGCGUCAGCAAAUUCUGGUAGCACGGAAAAAGCGGAGAAGCCAGUAACAUCCGUACAACAGCCCCGCAUGAAUCCAACACAGCAACCCCAAAUACAACCGAUUCACAUACAAAAAGGACCCAUGGAUCCGAUGCAUGUUCAAUACGUGCAUAUGCAGCAAGUGCCUCCUUUUAUGCAUCCAAUGUAUGCACCACACAUGAUGCCGCCUUAUAAUAUGCUACCUUACCCCGUGCCACCAUAUCCGAUGCCAACCACAGGCCAGGGUCCAGGACAAUCCCAGUUACCAGUUAUCAAUUCGGCCACCAGCGCAAGUGCUAAUCCAUCAAAUACUAUGACCAGUCAUUCGACAGGUACUUCGAAGGGGCAGAGUGGUGGAACAUAUACGACUGGACACGUCCAGUUCUAUGAUCACAAUAACAAAUAUCGUCGAAACUAUAAGGUGCCCGAGGAAAACGUGCAGGUAAAUCAGCAUGAUGGCACACAAAUGACUGCCAUGGAUAAUGCACGAAUUGAGACACAGCUGCGGCAGUUACGCGAGCAGAAACAGCAGAGUCAACGACAAGUAACCGAAGAACGUGGUCAGAAGGCGCUACAACGGGAGCAGGUCCGUCGAGAUUGCGCCGAAUUGGAGGAGAAAUUGGAAGCGUUAGCACAGCAGCAGCCACAACUUUUGCCGAGUGAUAUCAAUUUCGUUCCGAGCCAUCGCUACGCAGAUAUGGCAUUACGACGUGAACAGAAAAUGAAUGCAGCUAUGGAGGAGAUGCUUUUGCGUCCGGCUAUCGUUACCUGCCCCGAAGUCAAUGUCACCAAGAACCUUUCACCCCGUAAAGGAAGCGGCCGUGACAAAUCCAAUGUACCGGAGGCAAUCAAUGUAGGUAACCCGCCCAACAAGUUGGAUGAUCGUGCUAGCUCGAGCAGCUGCUGCUCCAUUCUGUUAGAGUACGUUGAUGAUCAGAGCAAGCAGCUGCGCACAGAGCUCAAAGCGAUGCAGUGCAAUUCGUCGAAGUCCAUGAAGUUAAAGAAUUUGUUGCAGCGCAUCGACAAAAUCCGAUCACAACUCCUGGCGGAGUUGCAUGCGGGUGAUAUGACCGACGACAAUGCAAAGAAGGUGAUCGAUUCGAUACGCAAUGAGCGCGCUAACAUUCUCGCAGGCUCUGCAAACAAUAUAAGCCAGCGAGAGAUGGAAUUACGGCAGAAGGAGGAGCUAUUGGACCAACGUUUGCGUCUGCUACACAAGGAGCAAAAGAAGUCCGAUAGUCAGAAGGACCGUAGAAAAAAGGAUGAUGGCCCAGUCGAGAUUAUAAUCAAGGUGAAGAGCGAUGGCAGCGUCAAACAGGUGAUCCCCAAAGGCAAGACGCAGGACAAACUACAAACCAAGACAGAUAGCAAGCCAAAGCCAACCCCUUCUUCAUCAACCCAGCCCAGUGAAAAAUCAUCCACAAUGGCACCUAUUCAGAGUCAACGGCAGAAUUCCAUAGAUUCCAAUUCAACAUCAUAUCGUGAAUUGCCGCCUGUUAUCUAUAAAAAUACAAAUCCUAUAGAGACAGUCAGCGCUGCACAGCCUGCUCCAAGCUUCGAACCGCUGCAUCCAAUGGUCGCUCAUUAUGUGGAUCGCUUGCUGGGCAUGUCACGCAGUUCCAUAGAUCAGUUAGGUAUCACUUCCUCUGAAGUGACAACCCCUACGGAAUCAAUAAUUAAUAAUCCUAACAAUAUGGCAAGUCGCAUGGAAAAUACAUUAAUUGACCAUCAGCGGGUAGAACGCGUGCAGAAUUUCAUCCAAGAUAAUCGCUUUUUUGUAUCUGAGCUCGAGGACACGUUGCGCAACCAGCAAAAGGAACAGGAAUAUCAGCUAGUAGAUAAGGAAAGCAGUAAGCACGAAUUCGAUCAGAUUUGGAAUGAACGCUUGUCCAGGCAACAGCAGCAACAGCAACAGCAGCAACAGCAACAGCAGCAGCAGCAACAGCAGCAGCAGCAGCAGCAACAGCAACAGCAGCGGCAGCAGCAACAGCAGCAGAAACAGCAGCAGCAGCAACAGCAGCAGCAUCAUCAGCGAAAACAACAACAGGAAAUUGAAAGACCUAUGACAAGUAAACAAGCAGCUGCUAGCAGACGUACAGUUUCAGAAGAAUUGACGAAACAGAAUCAAGUGGCGUUUACUGAAGUAAAGCCCACAACGCACAUAUCCGAAACUUUGCCGAAACAACGAACCGUGGAGGCAACCGUGAGCCAAGCUCCGGCUUCCCCUGAAAAAUGUGCAGCACGUCAAAUGGAACGCUAUGCCAUGUUGACGGAAAACUGUACGCAGCGUAUAGCAGAGCUGACGGAACUGAUAACUAAGGUGCGUAAAGAGAAGCAGCGCUUGGUUGAAGUCACGCUUACCUCGGCCAGUGAAGGUGAUCGCCAUUCCACAGAAUACUUCGAACUGCCACCAUUACAGGGGCAACAACGUUCUCGCUCCGCAUCUGAGCGCAGUGAUAGCCAUAAUACAACAACAUCCCAGAGUGAGCCGUUGCCGUUGCCGUUGCAGAAGAACAAGCCAACGGGUGCCAGUGUUGAUAGCGGCAUAUCUAUUUCACGACCACUAACAGCGCUAGGCCUGGUGGAGCUCCCAGAGACCGAGCCACAAUCGUUGCUCUCGUCCACCCAAAGCAGUGGAGUACGUCGCGGCAGAGUGCCACCAGCGACAAUACGUCGAUAUAGUCCUCAGUUGGCUGCGGAGGAACUGGCACAUGAGCUGUCCACUAUUACAGAAGUGGAUACGCCAGCUCAGUCGCAUAUUGUACCUGCAACACCUGCAGCCAUUCCCUUUCCCAGUUUCAAUCAAUAUGCACGGGAGCUGCAGCUUGAUCUAGCGAACUUGGAUGCAACUCAAAGCACUCGGCUGCAACACGAAUUUGAAGAGCUCAUCCAAUCCAUCAAACAACGCGGCCAUGAUGUUGACUAUCGCGAUUUUCCCAGUAUCAGUGCUUAUCUACAUAACAUAACAGCAUCGAGGACCCAUAUGAACAACGAAAUGGAUCAGCAAUCCUCUACAAUAGAUGAGCUCCUGCAGCGCCUACGCCUCCAGAAUAUCAGCAUACGUGAAUUUCCUAACAGACGCGAUUAUAUACAACAACUGCUCGAGCGUGAGCCCCUCGAGCAACGCGAGUUGAUUGACAGCGCCAGUCUAGACAGCGGCGAUUCCUUCGACAUCGAAGCAGAACUGAGAAGCAGGAACAUACUAAAGUCAUCUUUUAAGAGAGAUACCCGAUCGUGCGAUAUGCAAACCUUAGAGAUAGCGAGCAGCACACGUCGUGACACUUUACUGCCGAAUGUCAGCUUAUAUUCGCCCAAUGAAAGUGGCAUAGAACCAUUGUCCAGGUCCCCGUUAGCGAUCGAAGUGCAGGUGGAUAUGGAGCGCAUGGCUACGCAGCGAUCAAUUAACCAGAAGGGACAAAGGCAGCAUAAUGAACCAACGAACAGCAGUGUUUCAUCAGAGCUCCGACAGAAAAGUGGGGGCAGGACUGUGGGACAAGUCUCACUCGGAAGGUCUGCAGAUACACCACAAGACGUCAGUCAGAUGGGGCGUUCACUUAAUUUGCGUGAGUUUCUCACCAAAGAGCUGCUGAAGCAUCGUAUGCCCAUUAGAGACAGCAACUCUGACAGCACCGACGAAUCGCUGAAAAGCCACUUUCUGCAAUCAGUGAUCGAUUCUCUGUCUCCAUGUUCGACAAACACUCCUGCUCACGGCCAUGCCACCAAUGGCACCAAUGACAGGCAAAAGACGUCGACACCCGUUGGCUCGAUUCUCUCCACGCAGGAGAAGUCGGGUUCGGCGCACAGCGGGGAAUCUCAACUAUUCUCAGUUGAGAGUCGUAUCUCAGCGGUGCACUACGCCGAUGGUACACCGCCGGUACCUUACGAGCAGCAGAUAACCUCUACGGGGAAAAUGUCAGCGGGCCGCAGAUCAAGAAAAUGAUGUAUAGUUUUUCUAAAUUCUUCAAAUAUUUCCUGUAUUUGUGUUUGUGUUUGCCCAUUAUUUAUACUGUUAUCUCCAAUACAU